AUGAAAUGUAUAUUUGAAACAUUACCAAAUGAAAUUCUUAUUAUUAUAUUUUCUUAUUUAUCAUGGUUAGAAAUGUUAGAUUCUUUAUAUGAAUCAGGUUUAUCUUAUAAUAAAUGUUAUUCCAAAUUCAUAUCAUUACUUACUCAUUCAUCAUCAUUAACUUUUUGUUCUUCUAUUCGAAAUAUGUGUUUUGAUGGAACAAAUUCAAUGGCUUGUGAUAUUAAUUAUGAAUGGAUUUUUCAAAAUAAUAAUGAGAAAAAAAUUCUUCACUUUUCAAAUCUUAAAUCACUUAUUGUUACUCGAUGUUGGUUAUCUGAAUCUUUAAUCGAAAAUUUAUCGUUACUUAUUCAAAAUCAAUUAGAAAAUCUUACAUUAGUAUUCGAUACAGAAAUGUUCAAUUAUUUUCCAUAUGAAAAGCGAUUGGUGGAAAAGAACUACAGAAGUAAUUAUUAA